AUGAAUUCCCUCGCCAAUCGAUCGCACAGAUCCAAGCCCACCCUCAUUCUCUCCCGAUUCGCUCAGCUUUUCUCCACCGCAGUUCCGCCAUCUCCGCUGCACUCCAAUUUCCAGAAUUACCCCCCAACUCUCGAUGGCCUACGCCGUCGCCUUGCCGAUGAAUCACCGACGUUGGCCGACUUCUUAAAGCUCCAAUCAGAUCAGAGUUACUCUGUGGAGGUAGGAACGAAGAAGAAGCCUCUUCCCAAGCCUAAAUGGAUGAAGGAAUCUAUCCCCGGUGGGGAAAAGUACACUCAGAUAAAGAGCAAAUUGAGGGAAUUGAAAUUGCAUACUGUUUGUGAGGAGGCUAAGUGCCCUAAUUUGGGGGAGUGUUGGUCUGGAGGUGAAACGGGAACUGCAACUGCCACGAUUAUGAUUCUGGGCGAUACUUGUACUCGGGGCUGCAGAUUUUGCAAUGUGAAGACAUCACGAACCCCGCCACCUCCUGACCCUAAUGAGCCAAAAAAUGUGGCUGAGGCAAUAGCUUCUUGGGGUUUAGAUUAUGUGGUGAUUACUAGCGUUGAUCGUGAUGAUUUGCCUGAUCAAGGAAGUGGUCAUUUUGCAGAGACUGUGCAGACACUGAAGAGGCUGAAACCAGCAAUGCUUAUAGAAGCUUUGGUUCCUGAUUUCCGCGGGGACUCUGGCUGUGUGGAGAAAGUUGCCAAAUCUGGAUUGGAUGUUUUUGCACACAACAUUGAAACUGUAGAGGAGCUCCAGAAUGUAGUCCGCGAUCACCGUGCUAACUUUAAGCAGUCCCUUGAUGUUCUUGUGAUGGCAAAAGAAUAUGCCCCAGCAGGUACACUCACCAAAACUUCUAUAAUGCUGGGUUGCGGAGAAACGCCUGAUCAAGUGGUGAAAACCAUGGAGAAAGUGAGGGCAGCUGGUAUAGAUGUCAUGACUUUUGGCGUCCUCAUCCUGUUGACCAUUCUAGUGAUUGCGCACCACGAUUCAACUAGGUUUUGA